AUAUCGAUUCGGCGUUGCGGUGCUGUGUUGGUUAGCCACUGGCGGUGUAGGUGCACGCGCGCCGCCUCGUAGGUGUACCGCGUCGCGGUUUGCCGCGACGGCGUAUACUGUUCUUGGCACAGUUUCUGACCAUCUCCUAUUGCGAGCGGACCGCGCGCGCUGGACCUAAGCGUGAUUUCGUCGCGCCUCAAGUUUUCGUCGACCAACCCCGCCGCCGCCGUCGCCGUCGUUGCGAGCCACCCUUCCCUUCCGCCACUCGGGACUAAUCCGUUUCCGGUCCGGUGCCAUCGAAAAAAUGCAGUUGACGUCGUGCUGCGGUUGUUACACGGUGAAAACUGGUACCAUCAUCACCGGAGUACUCAGCAUAGCCUGCUCGAUCCUCUCGCUGUACUUGAUCUUCACUAUGGACGUGGAAUGGAAGACGAUACUGUUCGAAAAUCUGGACCAGAACAUCGUCAAGAUCAUCUACGCGUUGAAUCUGUGCAUGACGAUCCUGAUCUCGACGUUACUCAUCGUCGGCGCAGUCAAACAAAAUACGUUCAUGAUGCUGCCGUGGGUCGCCCUGGGUAUCAUCCUUGCGGUCGGACUUCUAAUCAGCGUGAUCUACACCGCGAUCAUGUUCUUCGUCAAUCAUGUUACCGAAACCGGCAUUCUGUGGCUUGUCAUCGGCAGCGCUGCUUCCGCGACCUUCUCGUAUCUGUGGCUGGUGGUCUACAGCUACUUCCAGCAGCUGAAGUACAACAAGCUGAACAGCAGGAUCGGUCCCUACGGCAAGCCGUACACUUACCGGCGGACUUGAAAAGGGCCGCGGCAGGAGGGUCACGCGACAAGAACGAUCUAAAACGCGCGAAUUUCCCCCGAAGAUUAACCGAUGAGAACGGUCCAAUUGCUUCGCAGUGGGGUCGCUUGAUGUUCGAUCGGCGCAAUCACACCAAAGCACGAGGCACCGCGGCUUCCCGCCGGCAGGAAGAUCCAUCGGAUACCGCGGAGUCGUGUCUCGUGACGCAACGCUAAUCGCGAACGAUAGAUUAGAACGUAUUUAUGGCAACGGGCGAUUGCGCUCUCGGACGAUUAUCGGGAUCUACGAACUUUUGCAACGUUCUCGAACGCUCGGACACACGGUACAAAUGGAAUAAAAAUUUCGAAACGAGCGAUUGCAAAUA